AUGUGUAAAGGACGGAGGGUCCGGAGGGGGCGGGGCCAACCGGGCUGUAAGAGUUCUACUACCGGUGCGAAGAUGGUUUCAUCUUCAUCAGUUCAUCAUAUUCAUCAGUUCAUCAUAUUCAUCACUUCAUCACUUCAUCAAUUCAUCAGUUCAUCAUAUUCAUCACUUCAUCACUUCAUCAUAUUCAUCACUUCAUCAGUUCAUCAUAUUCAUCACUUCAUCAGUUCAUCAUAUUCAUCAUAUUCAUCACUUCAUCACUUCAUCAAUUCAUCAGUUCAUCAGUUCAUCAUAUUCAUCACUUCAUCAGUUCAUCAUAUUCAUCAUAUUCAUCACUUCAUCAGUUCAUCAUAUUCAUCAUAUUCAUCACUUCAUCAUAUUCAUCACUUCAUCACUUCAUCAUAUUCAUCAGUUCAUCAGUUCAUCAUAUUCAUCACUUCAUCAUAUUCAUCACUUCAUCACUUCAUCACUUCAUCCAUUCAUCAGUUCAUCAUAUUCAUCAGUUCAUCAUAUUCAUCAUAUUCAUCAGUUCAUCAGUUCAUCAUAUUCAUCACUUCAUCAGUUCAUCAAUUCAUCAUAUUCAUCACUUCAUCAGUUCAUCAUAUUCAUCACUUCAUCACUUCAUCAUAUUCAUCAGUUCAUCCGUUCAUCACUUCAUCAGUUCAUCACUUCAUCAGUUCAUCAAUUCAUCAGUUCAUCAGUUUAUCAUAUUCAUCAGUUCAUCAUAUUCAUCAUAUUCAUCAUAUUCAUCACUUCAUCAAUUCAUCACUUCAUCAUAUUCAUCACUUCAUCACUUCAUCAGUUCAUCAUAUUCAUCAGUUCAUCAAUUCAUCACUUCAUCACUUCAUCAGCUCGUUUUUAUUUAUUUAUUUAAAGUUUAUUUUUAUUGGGACAUUUUUAGAUUAUUAUCCUAUAAAAAUACACAAAACUCAACAAAAAAAUGAUUUUAAAAAAAAACACAAAAUAGGAACACUGAUGCAUUAAAAUGUAAAAAUAGACAUUAGACUUUAUUUGUCAUUUGGAUUUGCAUCGAAAUGAAAUUAUGUUGUAAUGGCACAAAGCACAACAGGAACAGAGGAGAGGCAGGAUGCACAGUCAAACAAAAAUAGACACUUUUGUAUAAAAACCCCAUAGAUAAUAUAUAUUGCACAAUUUUAGUUGCCUAUGUAAAAUAACUUUUGUAUAUAAUACAAAUAAUAAAAAUAUGAUAAAUAUAUCUUUUGUAUAAAAGACAGAUAAAAAUAAUGCAAUAUAAAGAUAAUAAUAAAGAUAAAUAUAAGAUAGCUAAGUCCGUUCAUCAGUUAAACAGCUCAUUUUUAUUUAUUUAUUUAAUGUUUAUUUUUAUUGGGACAUUUUUAGAUUAUUAUCCUAUAAAAAUACACAAAACUCAACAAAAAAAAUUAUUUAAAAAAACACAAAAUACGAAUACUGAUGCAUUAAAAUUUAAUAAUAAAUAAAAACUGUUUUAAUUUGAGUUUAUCAGAAUAUAAAGUAGGUUUUUGACAUACAAAGGAUUUGCCGCGGUAAGUUGGUGCAUAAGACUUAAUCAGCCAAUGUGGAGUAAAAUACCCAACAAUAAUAUAAGAUAAAAACAAUAAUAAUAAAAUAUACAACCAGACAAAUUUAUAAAAUGUAUAAAAUAUUAUUUUUUUUCACUGUAAAAACAUUACCAAUUAUAUAUUUUUAAAAAGGCUAUAACUGGUUUAAGUUUAGUUAAUAUGUUGAGAAAUCUCCCUUUAGUUCCCCUGAACCUCCCUACGAAUAAGAAACCUCAGCCUCUUUACAAUAAACUAGCAUUAUCUAACAAACAUUCACCAUAUAUCAUUAAUAUAUAGAAUAUAGAACUGUGGUUGCAAGAUGGAAAAUGUAAUUUAACAUUAAUAUCUAUAUUUUAUUGCUGAACUAAAUAUUUAAAUUUCCCCACAACUCCCAAAACAAAAUGAAUCAAUUUUAACAUUUUAAAUGGAGUGUAUCAAUCCAUUGAACUGUUACAACAUUGAUUUGAGGCCAUAUUGUGAUUUAAAUCCAUUAAUUUCAUGAAAAUGAAAAACAUUUUUUCAACUGGAUAUCUUAUAAGUACAUUGUGAAUGGACAAUAAAAAUAAAAAGACUUCUGGUUAUUGUGAAACUGAAUAAUCCACAAAUCCAAGAACAUGAAAGCAAAAUGUAGGUUUAAUGUGUUUCACAAUGAGUUUCUUAAACCAGAGCCCUUA